AUGCUGGGCCUGUUCUUGUUCCACCUGCUAGGAGGUUGGCUGCUACUGAGCCAACUUCCCAGAGAGACCCAAGGCCAGGAAAUGGAAGUUUUUACGAAGUGCAACCUCGAAUUAGUCCGUUUCUUCAUCCAUGUCUGUGGCACUCACACCUGGGCAGACGAUAUGAGGAAGCAGCGUAAGACAAGAUCUGAACAGCCUGCAGAAAUCAUGCCAUUUUCCAUCGCCAAAAAUGCAGAAAACUUAAAUACAAAGAUGGAAUUCAUUCCUACUUCGCAACAGGAGCUGGAGAAGACGCUGGCUGAGAGCCAGCCAUUGUUGAAAGAGCAACUACAACAAGCUGCAUCAAAUGAUAUAAAUCUUAACUUUGAAGAAUUUAAGGAAAAUAGCUUUCAUAGACAACGUGAAGCAGAAAACAAAAGUCUUUCAGAAUUAAGAAACAUACGCUUAGUUAAACAUUUCCUAAAAAAGAGGCAGGCCCCUUACCUAUUAUCUUACAAGUGUUGUUAUGAAGGCUGUACCAAAAAAGAAGUGGCUGUCUUCUGCUGA